AUGAUUCUCGACGUUCACUUGAUUCUCCAGGCGCUGUCGUUUUCCGCCAUCACCACCACCAUCGCAUUGUUCUUCUGCGGAAUCCCGAUAUGCUUGACGAUUCACCGACAAGGCGGCAUUGGUGAGAUAUCAGAUGUCCCAUUCCUAAUGGGUCUCGUUGGAGGCUCAUUCUGGCUUCGCUAUGGCCUUCUGAAACUCGACUACACUAUGAUCAUUGUGAAUCUGGUUGGAGUCGCAUGCUUCGCUAUCUACUGCCUAUUCUACCUUUACUAUUCUUGGCCGACGAAGUCGUUCGCCAUUAAGCUAGGUCUCGUUUACGCGACGAUCAUCGCGAUGAUCGUCUGGAUCGCGAUUCAUCCGAAUCUCAGCCUCCUCGGCGUCGUCUGCAUGACAUUCAACAUUUUGAAUUUCGGCGCGCCGCUCGCCGGACUUGGUGUCGUGUUGAAGAAUCGCGAGGUCUCGACGCUGCCGUUCCCGAUGUGCGUCGCCAAUUUCCUCGUGUCGAGCCAAUGGUGCUUUUAUGGAUAUCUUGUCAACGACAUCUUCAUUGUGAUUCCAAACGGCAUUGGUGUCCUUCUGGCGGUGCUCCAACUCUCGUUGUUCAUUGUGUUCCCGGCGAAUGAGACGGAAAGAAGUCCACUGGAGAAGGUGGCCGCCUGGUUCGCUGGCCGCGAGCUCGACAUGAUCGACAGCGGCGACAUCGAGUUCGGCAAGCAUGCCAAGUCGAUCGAGAAGAUGACAAUGUUCCCAAGUGUCAGCCAGUUGAACAGUGUCAACAAUCUGAUCAGUCGGCCGCCGUCCUACAAGAGUCGUUCGAGCAGCGUUCCGGACAUCUCGUCGCUCAAUUCCGAAUGA